GUUCGUGCGUGGAGGAGCCAGGCGGGAGAAGAGGCCGCUCCGUGGGCAGGGGCUGCGGCGCGCCAAGCGCCUGGGCCCAGCAACCGCGCGGAUGGCGGACUCGCAGCUGUUCUGCGUGGCCGAGGAGCGCAGCGGCCACUGUGCCGUGGUGGAUGGAAACUUCCUCUACGUAUGGGGGGGCUACGUGUCUAUUGAAGACAAUGAAGUAUAUUUGCCUAAUGAUGAGAUUUGGACCUAUGAUAUUGAUAGUGGGUUGUGGACAAUGCACCUCAUGGAAGGAGAACUCCCUACCUCCAUGUCAGGAAGUUGCGGUGCUUGCAUAAAUGGAAAGCUGUACGUUUUUGGAGGAUAUGAUGACAAAGGAUACAGCAAUCGACUUUAUUUUGUUAAUUUGCGAACAAGAGAUGGAACCUACGUUUGGGAAAAAAUCACCAACUUUGAAGGGCAACCACCCACACCACGUGAUAAACUUUCCUGCUGGGUAUAUAAAGACAGAUUAAUAUAUUUUGGUGGCUAUGGGUGUAGGAGACAUAAUGAACUCCAAGAUUGUUUUGAUGUUCAUGAUGCAUCUUGGGAAGAGCAGAUAUUCUGGGGAUGGCAUAAUGAUGUUCACAUAUUUGACACAAAGACACAGAGUUGGCUUCAGCCCGAAAUUAAAGGUGGCAUUCCACCACAGCCACGAGCCGCGCAUACGUGUGCAGUUCUUGGAAAUAAGGGCUAUAUCUUUGGCGGACGUGUGUUGCAAACUAGGAUGAAUGAUUUGCACUAUCUAAACUUAGAUACCUGGACCUGGUCGGGAAGGAUUCCUAUUAAUGGAGAAAACCCUAAACAUCGGUCAUGGCAUACUUUAACACCAAUAGCUGAUGAUACGCUUUUCCUGUUUGGUGGCCUAAGUGCAGACAAUAUUCCAUUAAGUGAUGGUUGGAUUCAUAAUGUCAUAACAAAUUGUUGGAAGCAGCUUACACAUUUACCUAAAACAAAACCCAGGUUAUGGCACACAGCCUGUUUGGGAAAAGAAAAUGAAAUAAUGGUAUUUGGUGGGAGCAAAGAUGAUUUACUUUCCUUGGAUACAGGUCAUUGUAAUGAUUUAUUGAUCUUUCAGACACAGCCUUAUUCAUUACUUAGGUCAUGCCUUGACUGCAUUGGUAAAAAUGCUAUAAUUUUAGAAAGUCAGAUAUCUUUAUUACCUCCUAAACUUCUCCAACAAGUACUCAAAAAAAUAACAUUUUGGACUGCAGCUAAUCACCGGGAAGAACAAAGAGCCCAAAAAGAAGAAACAGAAAAUAAAUAUCAGUGGAUCAGUAGCAAUUAAGUUGUUAUAUAUGUUAUAUGUUUAAUAUGUUUAAACAUUUUAAUCAGACUGUAUAUUUACUCCCCAAAUUGGAGGCUUUAUUUAGAAGAUAAAAUCUGAAACAGAAAUUCUAUGUUAAAGUGAUUGUAUGGCAUGAGAUAUAUGGGAAGAAGAUGUUAAUGACAGAUUAAUUUAUAUUUAUAUUUGUAAAUUAAUUUAAUUGUAAGUUGCAGAAAAAAAUCUACUUUCUGAAAGUAAGUACAAUUGUCAGAGACUUUAACUCACUGUGUCCUCUUUACAGAAAAGAUUAUACAAACUUGAGAAGAAUAAGAAAUUACCCCCAAGGACUUAGGGAUUCUCCAACAUAAAGACAAAUAGAUAUAUAAAAACACCUCAUGUCAGCUUUCAGAAAGAAUAGAUUUUUCUCAAGUCAUUUUAAAGUCACCUAAAGUUUCUCAUUAAAUAAUUCAGUUAUUUAAAGAACUUCUCCUUAAAUAACUAAUGUAGCUGGCCAAAACAAGAAAAUAGGCAAGCAUUGGUAUGGGAUUAAAUAUUGAACUCCUUUUAGCAUUUAUCUAGUAAAGUAUUCUUGGUCAUCUUUAUUUGAGUAGGGAAAUGAAUGUCUUCAAUUGUCUUUCUGUUACCUCUAAGUUGUUAGAUUGUCCCAUUUUUCUCUGUAUAUAUAAAGACAAUGUUUGAAAGUGUUACAGUGGAGAUUUAUCAUACAGGGUUUGACAUAUUGAGAGGCAGUAUAGUUAUUAACUUUUGAUACACCUUAAAAUACAUUUUGUCUUCGGGGCAUACUUAUAAAAAGUAACCUUAAGUGAAUUAUGAAAUGGGAUGAUAACCUAGUAAUUUAUCUUUCUAGAAAUUCAUUUUGGCCCAUACCAUUUUACAGAGUUGGUGCUCAAGACCCAGGAUAUUAAAAAUAUGUUAUCUUCCCAUUUGCUUUCAGUAUUAACUCCCUAUAAAGAAAUGGAACAUGAAUAUUUAUCUUUGUAGUCCUUAAAUAGUACUUUUGCCAUAAUUAAGAAGUUCUUCAUAUAUCACAGUCAUAUCCGUCCAUUGAAUUAUAACAAGGAAUUACUGAAAACUCGAUAUAUAAAAUUACUCUCUACCAUACUCUACCAUGCAAGUUGGUUCUGCAAUUUAAAAUGUUAAAUGUAUUUCUAUAUUGAAGUAUAUGUGUAAUUUAUAAUGAAAAUUACAGUAGUUUGUAGAUCUUCUUAAAUUUUAGAGAUAUAUUUUAUAUAUAUAUAUGUACUGUAUUUUGGAUGUGUAAAACUUCUAUUUAUGUAUUGAAA